ACAUGGUCCAUAUAUUAUACAUAUCAGUUGUGUAUCAGACUACAUGCUACAUGUGUCAAUUACUAGGAUGGCGAUUAACUAUAGUUGUUCUUGGAUUGCCGCAAAUUUACGGAAGGUUCUUGGAAGCAGGUUUUUAUCGCAAAUUGGCGACAAGACUUAUAGUGUAGUCGGGAGGGGCGUCCAUAUUUCAAGUGUAUCAAGUAUGAAGAUUUACACCAAGAAAGGAGAUAAAGGCUACUCAUAUAACUUUCUUGGUGAGCGGAGACAGAAAGAUGAUGAAAUAUUCGAAGCUCUUGGCACAACGGAUGAGCUUUCCUCGGCUAUAGGAUUAGCAUUGGACUUUUGUUCUGAAGGAGGUCACAAGAUUGUUGAAGAUCUUUAUGAGAUUCAGUGUAUUCUGCAAGAUGUUGGUUCUAAUAUAGCGACACCGAGGUCAUCAAACAAUGCAAAUAAAGUUGGUCUUACAAAAUUUCAUUUGGGCGAAGUUGAACGCCUUGAAGCGUGGAUCGAUAAAUACGACGCCCAUUUGCCAUCAUUGACGAACUUUAUUUUGCCUUCAGGUGGAAGAAGCAGCUCUAGUCUCCAUCUUGCGAGAUCCAUUUGCAGAAGAGCAGAAAGAAGGAUUGCCCCUUUAGUUCGUGCCGGAAAUGUUGAUGCCGAAAUCCUGCGAUAUUUAAACAGGUUGAGCGACUUUCUGUUCACGGCAGCAAGGUUUGUGUGUCAUGCAGAAGGAAAAAAAGAACUAAUUUACAAAAGAAAACCAACAACUUGACGAAAAUGGGUAGAGUAGCGUUCAUUCGUUCAAAUUCACUCUGUUACUGGAGAUCUUCCUUUCAAUGCAUGGUGUUUAAAUUUUAAAAAUACGUAUAUGUAAGUUUUACCAUUUUCAAGAGUAGUAAUAAAUAUGUUUAUUUGAUAAA